AUGGGCAGUGGAGUCCUGCCCGAAACAGGGAUAGCGCCGAACCAACCCGACGUAAUGCCCAUACACGGCACUGACCUGCCGAGGGUCGCCUCCACGCUCGGCCUACUAUGCGCGAUUUUUGGGCGCCGGGGAGUCCUGGAGGACAGCAGGCGUGGGCAGCAGAGGCUCAAGAGACCGCGAGAGUCGUCCAGGAAGCAUUGCAUCGGCCCGUUGCUCGAUCGCGAAACCCCCCCGGGCGUGAUGGCCAACGUGAUUACACCACUCCCGAUCGCUCCGGUUGCUAGAGGGCCAGCCAAAUUCAUCGUAGACCCUCCCGAUGUUGCCCAUUACGCAAGGGGCACCCGGAAACAGCCACCACGGGCACUGUUUGCGGUUCGACCUAAUCGCCACGCCCCUCUCCUCCACCCACGCACCACAACUCCUGCACUCUCGCCAACCAUGGUCAAGAUCGCCCUACCCUCGUCGGUCGAAUCACCAGGCGUAGGCGCGCCCCUGAUGAUUUCAUCGCAUUGUCGAUCGGACCGCCAUCGCGCGAAAUGCACGGAUCUCCCAUACACACACGCGUUCCCGGUCUGGACAUCACCAACGGGGCAGAGCUGCAGACCACUACGCCGGAACGAGUAUCGGGGGGAGCUGAGCUAUAAGGCGAGCGGAGGCCCCCAACACUGCUCGCUGGGCGAGGCCUGCCCGUCCUGCGAUCCCCGUGCGCGCGUCGCAAUUGACUUUGGCGCUCCGGGGGAUUCUCGCCAAUUUGAUCCCGCGUCAGCCAAGGCCCCUCUUGAUCUGCCCCAGGGUGUCACCAUGGAGUAG